AUGAAUAGUGAAUCGGAAGUUAAAAACCAAGGUGGAUCAAAUCAAGAUGGAAAACGUUUAUUCAAAUUCUCUUUCAAUGUCAACAAAAAAACGGAUGAUCAAACUGAAAUGACUGGCGAAUUCGUAGGAGAUGUUCAACAUUUUUGUGAUUACGAUGAAGCCGUCGCAAAAUGUUUUCAACUUCUUGAAGCUUGUUAUAUUCCAGUUGGUGGAAAACCAUCAAAAGAUGAUGAAGAUUCAUUUCAAAAAAUGGCCACAGCUUUACAUGAUUUCAAAACACAUUUUCAAAAUACACCACAUUCACAAGCUUUGGAUACAUUUGAUUCGAAUAUGAAAGCAGCGUGUGCGGCGAGAAAAGCACACCAAAAAGAUCAAAAAUAUCAAUUGAGACAUUUGAGAAGAUUUCAUGUUGAUGAUUUUCAAAAAUUUCUUACACAACGAAAAGCUUUUGAUGAGUAAGUUUUGAAUUUUCUUUACAUGAGAAAAUUAUUUUCCUUAAUUAGAUCUCGCAAGCGAAUGGAUCAAGCAAAAGUUGAUGUUCGAGAUGCGAAAACAACUGCACAAAUUGAGAAAAAAGCAAUUUGUUAUCAAAUGGCUGUUGAUGAUUUUGAUGCGCAAACUGAACUUGUCAGUUUUUCCCUAAUUUCAUUUUUCCAGAAUCAUUUCACUUUUUUCAGCUAAUCAAAUUGAUUGAUGGUUUGCCAAAAAUCAAACAAACCAAUUGUCACGAUAUUUUGAUGUUUUUGACAAAACACAAAGUUUAUCAUGCUGAUAUGGUUCGCUUCUAUAAAAUCACAUGA